GCCUGGGGAUCUUCCUCCAUGUCAGGGUGGGGGAAACUUCAGCUGCUGCAUCCGCCAAUGAUAAGAGGAUAAGACAUGUCAAGAUCUGUGAUGUUCUCAUCUGCCAUUUGCAGAUAAGCUGCAUCUGCACAAUACUAGGUCAAGCAGGCAAGACGAUUCCUUGUUAUAUAAGAUUAACUGCAGAGUGAGAAGCACACCACACGGAAAUUCUUGAUGACCCCAAUACCAACAUAGCCUCCUUCUUUCUGCUCCUCAUCCACAUCGUGCAAUGCAAAUCUCUUGUCAUAGAAUUUACCAUCAAGCCAAUCCAACUUUAUGUACAUUUCUUGUGUCAUUGGAUGUGAUUUGGAAGCGCACCAUUUCCGGCUGAGGCAUUUGGGCGAACAGCCUGAGGGCGGAGAUGCCCGCCCAUGUGCACGGCCGGCCCGGCACGCGGUUUUACCAACGGCCGAAUUGCCUCUGGCGGGCCCCAUCCCACACGGACAGUACUUUUUGCGUAGCACCAUGUCGGAGAUGAAGGACUCCAAUGCUGCUGCUCUUGUUGGAAAUCCUGAACCUACGGAUCAAAGUGGAGAUAAUUCCAUGCCCUCAGCUCAGCAGCAGGAAGAAGCAGUCAAGAAGAAGUUUGGAGGACUAAUGCCAAAAAAGCCACCACUUAUCUCAAAGGAUCAUGAACGUGCUUAUUUUGAUUCUGCUGACUGGGCUCUAGGAAAGCAAGGUGUUGCAAAACCCAAAGGACCGCUCGAGGCACUUAGGCCAAAGUUGCAGCCAACACGGCAGCAGCAGCAGCAGCGUUCAAGGCGCUCUAUUUACACUUCGUCAGAAAACGAGGGGUGGCAACAUGCAGAUGGAGAUGGUGCUGGUGCUGAGGAUAUGAAGAUGAGCUGAACUGGACUCUGUAGAACGUGUUGUUGUUGGCUCGUCGCUUAAGCAGCUUGCUUUCGUUGUUACUCCAUUCAGGGAUUGCAGCGAAGGAAGGAGGGAAGGAUAUGAUGCUGCAUGUCUUUUGUUUGUUCCAUUCAUAAGAAAGAAAUGUUGUUGAAUUUACCUUGCUAGUUUAACAUUCUUCGUAUACCUGUCUAUCUAAACUUGGACUAAUUACAUCUAAUAAUAAAGUCCGGCCAGCAGUACUUA